CAAUAACCCGCCACCACCGCUUGAAUCAUGUCAUCGUAUACAAAGAGAAUCAUUCAGUUGAUAAACGCCUCCACUUCUCCUUCUCACAUUCGUCAGAUCCAAGCUCAGUUCAUUCUCAGAAACCUCCUCAAAAACCACUUCAUAGCUCACCAUUUCAUUAAUGCCUGCAACUCUUUAGGCCUUUUAAACGAUGCCCACGCCUUCCUCCUUCUUUCUAAACCACCCCCUCAUGUCUUCCUUUACAACACCCUCUUUAGAGCCUUCUCCCACUCCAAAACCCCACACCUUCCUUUUUCUUUAUAUGCCCACAUGCAGUGCGCCUCGGUUUUGCCUAAUAACUACACCUUCCCUUUCCUUCUCAAGUCCCUAGCUGAUUUCCAGCUGCUCCAGAAAGGACAAAUCGUUCAGGCCCAUGUUUUAAAAUUGGGUCAUUCCCAUGAUAUUUAUAUACAGAAUUCCCUGAUGAAUCUCUAUGCUUCGUCUGGUGAAAUGAGGUUAUGUCGCCAAGUGUUCGAUGAAAUGCGUAAUAGAGAUGUCGUUUCGUGGACUAUUUUGAUCACGGGGUUCAGAAAUGUUGAAAAAUAUGAUGAUGCUUUGAUUGCUUUUGAGCAAAUGCAGUAUGCAGGUGUGGUGCCUAAUAGGGUGACUAUGGUGAAUGCAUUGGCUGCCUGUGGUGGUUUUGGUGCUUUUGAGAUGGGGGUUUGGAUUCAUGAUUAUAUAAUGAAAAACAGAUGGGAACUGGAUUUGAUCCUUGGGACUGCUUUGAUUGAUAUGUAUGGAAAAUGUGGGAGGAUUGAAGAAGGGUUGAAAGUUUUCCAUAGCAUGGAAAAGAAGAACAAUUUUACGUGGAAUGCUGUUAUCAACGGACUAGCUUUAGCGAAAAAUGGUAAGCAGGCGAUUUGGUGGUUUAAUAGGAUGGAACAAGAAGGGUUUAAGGUUGAUCAUGUAACUUUAGUUGGGGUGCUUUCAGCUUGUAGUCGUUCGGGUUUGGUCGAUAUGGGUCGAAAAAUAUUUAUUUCUUUAGUUGAAGGGAGAUAUGGAUUCUUGCCCGGGGUUAAACAUUAUGCAUGUAUGAUUGAUCUCUUGGCACGGGCAGGAUGUCUUGACGAUGCUUUUCGAGUUCUGCAGGAAAUGCCUUUCGAACCUACAAAGUCCAUUUGGGGAUCAUUGCUGGCUGGUUGUAGAGCUCAUGGAAAUUUGGAAUUGAGUGAGAUAUCUGCAAAGAAACUUAUGGAGUUGGAGCCAAGUAACAGUGCUUACUAUGUUGUGUUGUCCAAUUUGUAUGCCGAUAUGGGGAGAUGGGAUGAUGCUGAGAAAGUGAGAACAUUGAUGAAAGAGAAGGGGUUGAAGAAAGACCUUGGUUUUAGCUCUGUGGAAUGGGAAUCCCAGGAACAAGUUUAUGAAGUAUUAGCAUAGUGAAUUCCCUUAAAACUUGUAUGUCAAGAAUGAUUUACUCAUUUCCUUCGAUCUUCGUUGAAACGGAAAGGUCUGCUCCGCUUGGAUCGAGUUCUAAAUCUUGGUUAUGAGGAAACUUUGCUCCUCUGGUUGAGGCUGGCUUCUUCCUGAGAACAAAUGUAUAGCCAAUGAGAUUAAAUUCUGACCUAUAUGGCAAUGGACAAUUGUCUUUGCAGCUGUUUUGGAGGAAAGCACUCAAGCAAUUUGCAGUGUAUAUCAUGAAAUCAUGAAAGCUUAUUCGAUGGUCUGCUGACUAUGAGCAACAUUAUUUCAAGGUAUAGGAUUCUCUGUAUUUUAUGAGCAUGUAACAUGAUACUCAGACCUCACUGCAGUGACUCAGAAUGAUUGACCAUAUAUAAAGUUUGAAAUGUACAGAUCUUUUGAUUAACUAUGAUCAGUUAGAUUCCUACUUUUCAUUUGUUUCAAGCUAAAUAAAUGAAUAUAAACAAGAUUUUUUAAGCUCAUUUGUUAAA